UUGCACGCUGAGGUGAAUCCAGUCCACACCUCCUUGCAGGUGGCUUUGUGUUCAUUGCUUACCUGGACCUCGAAACUCAGCCUCAGCUUCCUGGGUGGCUGGGUGUCUGUGAAUUUAAGGGAGCAUUGUCACGCUGAGCCUUUGUCCUGAGUGGCCCUGUUUGUCCUGAGUUAAGUGACACUAACGUCUCCAGUGAUUUUGAAUGAGCCCAAGGAAGCAGCUUGGAUUAUUUGCAUCAUCUAGAGAACAAGGAACAGAAAUACCCUCCUGUGAUUUAUUUGUCCCUAAGUCUGGGCAGAGCUGCACUUCCCCGCUGCUGUGAAGAGCUGGGCAAGGAUGGAUGGGACAUAAAGCAAAGCAGAAGUCCUGGAGCCUUAGUCACCAGUCUGAUGGACUUUCAGUUCACACUUUACUCCCCAACACUUGAAUUGUUUCUGUACUGUUGACAAAGGAAAAAUGACCUCUACUCUAGGACCACCGCCGCCGUACUACGAGAACCGGGGCUUCCAGCCAGAGCCCCCCUUCGCUGCCAGGCAGGCAGCAGGUGCUCCCCCUUACCCACACCAGCUCUUCUCCACCAACCCUCCCUCCGUGCCAAGCUACAUCCCAAGGGUUGCCACCCACCAGUCCACCAGGCCGGCAGCGCCCCCGCCCAGGAGAACCUGUGCAGCCAGUCUAAGGAAAACCAUAAUAAUAAUAUUAUCUAUAUUAAUAGUCAUUUGUUGUGCAAUUGCUGCUUUCUUCAUCUGGUAUUUUGUAGAGAAUCACUGUCUCAGCUCCCUGAUUGAGUGUGGAUCCUCAGGGAUGUGCAUGCCCCCCUCGCAGUGGUGUGACGGAGUGAGCGACUGCCCCAACGGGGAGGACGAGACCCGCUGUGUUAGACUUUUUGGACCAAAUUUUAUUCUGGAAGUUUACUCACCUGUCAGCAAAUCCUGGUAUCCUGUUUGCCACGAUGACUGGAAUGAUGAUUAUGGGAAGGUUGCCUGCAAAGACAUGGGCUACAGCGUGGAUACAUAUUUCUACAGUCAUGGGGUGGCACCUGAAGUCAGCUUUAAGAGCUACAUGAAGCUGAACACAAGUGCUGGGAAUAUUGACUUGUACAAAAAGCUGUACAGCAGUGGUUCCUGUGCCUCAGAAAAGGUGGUUUCUCUGCGCUGCAUAGAGUGUGGCAUGCCCAGCAAGAGCGUGAGCAUCAUGAACAGGAUCGUGGGGGGCAGCGGGGCCGUGCUGGGGCAGUGGCCGUGGCAGGUCAGCCUGCACGUGCAGGGCACCCACGUCUGCGGGGGCUCCAUCAUCACCCCACUCUGGCUGGUGACAGCAGCACACUGUGUGGAAGGGCGACUGUCUGACCCGUACAGCUGGAGGGUUUAUGCUGGGAUUCUGAAUCAGGAUGAGAUGCUCUUCAGAAGUGGAUACAAAGUGCAGCUGAUAAUUUCCCACCCAGAUUAUGACACGGACUCUAAAGACAAUGAUGUUGCCCUUAUGAAGCUGGAGACACCACUGAGUUUUACUGAAACUGUGAGGCCAGUUUGUUUGCCCAAUCCAGGAAUGAUGUUCCAGCCUAACCAGCAGUGCUGGAUAUCAGGGUGGGGAGCAGAGUACCAAGGAGGUAAAAAGUGCUCCUGGAAU